GGCUGAUCCCUGACAUUGCCGUACAUGGUAAAAGAGAUUUCGCAAUCCUCUCCUCUCCAUGUUCCAAACAAAAACACUCAGAGCUCACACAGACGGGAUUUAACUUCAACUUUCUGCGGUUACUUUUCAAACUUUGACGGAUGGUCGAUUCGAACACCGCCCCGUGAAGGUGAGCUAUGUUUUAAAGUCUUAGUAGAGCCGGAAAGAAAGAGCUAAUAGUGCGGUUAUUGCCUGUUAGCAGUCGAUGCUAACUAGCUGGCUAGCUGCCCGGCUAAACAGAACAGAGAGGGUGUUUGUUCCGAGUUUGUUUAAAGCUUAAAUCAGACAAAAUCAGCUUUUAAAUUCGAAACAUGAAGAAUUUAUACUGUAGUGUUUAACUGUUGUCGACUAUGAGUGAGCUAAAAGUUGUUAAAAGUGUUCUCAGAUAAAAUAUUCACCGUUUAAGAGCGACUAACACAGCUCUGUCGAACAUUUCUAAUCGUCUGCCCGGUACUUUUAUUCUGUGAAACUUAAUUUUGGUCUUAAAAAACUAAGAUUUAUGCUUAGCCCCGCAUGACUUCGGAGUUCCCCUCUUUCGGCACAAAGAGAGGCGGUGAUGAUGCAACAGCAGGCAACAGUCGGAGCUCUGCUGGUUUUCACCCGGAGCGCUUUUCCCUGCGCACAGCUGACUGGCUGCAUGGCAACGCGCCGGCCAAUCAGAGCAGAGCUACUAAUUGGCCGUACAGAAUAGUAAUCCCGACCAAUUAUCAUGUCAGGAGCCCGCUGCUCUUCAUGGAUACCAGGGAGGAGGAGGAGAGUGUUCAUGUUUAGAGGUAGAAGAAGAAGAAGCGGAGGAGGAGGUGAAGCUCCUGAUUGAUGGAUUGAGGUCAGCUGAGAAUCUGCAGGAUGACUGCAGAUGAAAAAUAUGAGGAGAUGUUGAGGCUUUUACACGUCUGAGAAAAAUACACACAGCUGGAGAGUCCACAGAUGGAGGUGUUAUGUUCAUUUAUGUGCUUCUAAUUAACCCCAGAACACUAUUGUUAAAAUUAGUAACACCAUCAAUUUCGAAGGGUGAUUUUUACCUGAAAUAAUAAACCCAAGAUAAAGUACUGGUCAUCAAAAUAUAUAAAAAUAGGACAAAACAUGACAAAUUAGACAAACAAACAAACAUGACAAACAAAAUAACUGAAAUCAGGCAUUUAGGAACAAAAAAUGACUAUUUGGAGUAAAAAUGACCUGCACACUAAAUUAUUUUAUAUCACGAGGGCCCGACUGAUUUAUUGGUGAGCCAAUUAAAUCAGCCAAUUUGAGCUCGUUUGAGACUAAUCGAUAAUCGACCAAAACGCGCAGAUUUUCGCCAAUAUUCGGUUUCACAUUUUGAAAAUGUUCCACCACUUAAGGUCCUUACACACCGGGGCAGACGUGAAUUUAGAACGCGAGUCCCGCCUCGUUCACCUUUGAUUGGCUAGAAAAGCUGAAAACAUCAUUACACGCUUAAGCCAAAUGGUCAGCACUUACAGCCAAUCAGAGGUGAUAAGAUAACUUGAAACUAUGGUAACAACCGUUAGCAUACAUUAGCACAGAUGAAAGUUAAAACAAAGACGUUUAGCAAACUGUUAAAGCACACAAAAAAACACUUGUAAACGCUUUUCUGGUCCGAGUUUGAUCAGUCCGUAAAUCGGCUGAUUAAUCUGUGAUCAGACCCCCCCAAUAAUCGGUAUCGGCAAAAAAUCCAUAUCGGUCAGGCCCUACUUAUCACCAUAUAAGUUGCCUUGAAAAUCACGACUUUGAUGUGUUACUUACUAGCUGGGAUGUCAGAGACAUCAACCAUGCAACAGGAUCACAGCUGCAGUUGAAGAAGGGAGGGUAAAUAUGGCGUCCUGAAUGUUGUCAGCCUAGAAAAUCACCUGCAUUUAUACACUAUCACUAUUGGUGGGUGAAAAUCACCCUGUGAACACGUGCCUGUAGGAAAAAGCAGGUUUUGGAUCAGGGAAACAAAGAUGUCAAAGGAACCCAUGAUACUCAGACAAACACAACAUCGUGAAAAUCACCUAAACAUGUUUGAUCGGGUGAAAAUUACCUGACAAUAGUGUUCUAGGGUCAAGGGGAUUUUUUUACUUUUUACUACAGAAUCAAUUCAAUUAAAAUACCUACAAAAGUUUAUCUUUUUAACUAGAAUAUGGUAGACACCUGAAUCGUGAAGAUAAUUGAUAUUUCUACUGGUAAAUAAGCACCUUUUUCAUGUCCUUUCUAACCAAAUCCACCAUCCCAGGAUCAUCAUGGAUGAUGUAACCGAUGAAAAUCAGACCUUUCCUGUCAGAGCGGUGACGAACAAUCAGGAGGAAUGUAAUUGUUAAAGCUGCAGUGUCUGUUUUCAUAUCUGGGCAUUAGGGCCUGUGUCCAUCAGUCAGUACCUGUACAUACCGAUUUAGACCGGACAACUGAAGUGCAUGUAAACACCUUAAACCGACUAAGUUUGAGAACUCCAGUUAAGACACCCAGAUAAAGCGAUUGGAAUUCGAUUUUCUCUACCAUGUAACCAGCGGAGUCGGAGUAUAAUCAGACAGUGCAUGUUCGCAUGCGCUACGCCCCGUAACCACGCAACAAAAACACCUGAGAUGAGGAGUAGCAUGCGUCUCAUCUGCAGAAAAAGUAGCGCGUCCAUCAUGUAGGAGAAAAACAACGCUGUACGAUGCUCCAUCUUCUUGCUCCAAAAUGUCCUACAGCAGUUGUAGACACUUCUGACGUCUGACACUGAGUUCAUAUCGCCCUCUAGUUUUGGGGAGGAGGACACGUUCACGCCAGGAAACGUUAAUUCAGUAACGCUCAGUUAAUAUGUAUUCAUGCAUAGUUGUCAGUUUACAGCUUAGUCAGUUUAAUUGGAUUACUUUUCUGGUCCCAGGUGAGAAUUCAUUGAUUGGGAAAGGUAUGGUUGCCUCAGCCAUGAUUGGACUUUGUUUUGGUCGACCGAUUGCGUCACAUUUCAAAACAACUGAGAAAAGUUUAGGAGAGGUCGACAGUUAAACAGUAAACACGGACAAAUCUGAAGCUCAGCACUUUUUUAACAGGUAGAAUCUGAAAAAUCUGAAUCCUUUAAUCUCUCUUAAUCUUUUGUUGAGAUUCUGUUAACAACCCUGUAAGGCCGACAUUAACUUUAAACUAAUAUAGAACAUGACGUGUGACCGUUUGGAUAUGAUGGCCUCUUCUCUUGACUCCUCUGCUGUAAAAAAGAGGAUCAUUCAAGGUUGAACAUUUGUCAGUGGUGUUCCCUUCUCCGCCGCCACCCCAGGUGGGUGGGUGGUAAACCAUCAGAUGAGCCGCAGGUUUGAUGAGUAAGACGGCUGCUGUACAAAGUUAACACACCACAGCCCUCGAUCCCAAAAUACGUCCCUCAGGUGUUCUGAUCCUCAGUACAGCUUUAAUUGACUACUAGGUUUAGAUUGAGCAGGUUACAAUGAGAGCGCCCCCUGCUGGAUCAGUUCAAACACACAUUAUUAUGAGUUUGAAUGGCUCAUUUUAGUUUCAUAUAUUUAGACGCUAGACUCCUCGAUUCUCUGGUUUCUAGAUUGAUCAUCAGUUCCUGCGUGAUUUUUGUUGUUGUUGUUGUUGUUGUUGUUGUUGUUAACCCCCUCGAUUUAAGUUUGUGUCUACGACCACCAGUGCAAAAGGAGCUGUAGGUGGACACAGACCCUGGAGCUGUAAGGAUUGACUCAUAGUUACUGUCGGUGUUCUGUGACAGUCUGAGCUGUAUUUGCUUCUCAGGAUCACUCACAGAUGAAGACAGGAAGUGAUGAUAAAAGUAAACGGUUCAUCAAGUUUGUCUCAUCUACAGUUUCGUCAUUGGAAAACACCGCCCAGAUUGUUCAGAUGAUAAACAAAAAUUACUGAUUAGAAAAUCUGACACAGUUUGACCUUUAGUUUGUUUUACUCCGUUGGUCAGUGCUAGAAAAUAGGAAUCAUUGAAUUCUACUUUAUUUUUCUUAUAAAACACGAGAAACACUGAGUUCUGUUUGGUUCACUGCAUCCAUAUUGAUGUGUUUAGUUUUUUUAAGUCAUCGCUCUGUCUCUCUGAUAACCUGCAGACUAAUCGAUAAUAAACAAAGUGUUCGCCUCAGUGUAUCAGCAGAGUCGUGGAAAAAUGUCUCUGGAUGUCUGACUGAUGUUGUCGUUCCUCUCCAGGCUCCUCUGUGGUGAAGAAUCCAAACUCUGCUUCCUUUAACCGAUUCAUCUCUACACCUGGGGAGACUCGGAGAUCAGUACUUGCAGGCAGCACAUCCAAAUGAGCCGGCCGUCGCAGGCGAAAUUAAACACAACUGACCACAACGGCGUGAGCGUCAUCCAGAGUCAGGCCCACGCCUCCGCUUCGUCUUCGUCCCUUCCAGCGGCGGUAGCCGGAUUGCAGCAAGUCCCUCAACUCAUCCCAGCCGAUCCUUCAGCCGGAGGUGGAAAAGCCCUCCCACCCAGCAAGAUGAAGAAGCCUCCCGCAGACAAGGACAGCGAGGAGUACCGCCAGCGGCGCGAACGGAACAACCUGGCGGUGAAGAAGAGCCGCAUGCGCAGUAAGCAGAAGGCGAUGGACACUCAGCAGCGCGUCAACGAGCUGAAGGAGGAGAACGAGCGGCUGGAGGCCAAGAUCAAACUGCUGAGCAAAGAGCUGAGCGUGCUCAAAGACCUCUUCCUGGAGCACGCCCACAACCUGGCUGACAACGUCCAGCCGCCAACAGGCGCUGAGGGCGCCAGCCCCGCCGCCAACAAUCCCUCCGCCAAUGGGCAGUGAGGAAGCGGGGCGACAUGAACGCUUCUAUUUAAGGAUCCGGCUGCAGCUUUUUAAAAAACUUCUAUCACAUGGAGACACAUCUUCUUCUUCUUCACUGCGUUUCUUUCUUCUUAAAGCUAAAAACCCUCCUCUCCUCCCCUCGCCAAAACCUCCAUCAGAGUUCCCACAAUCCUCCUGGAUAGUUUUCUCCCUCUGCAGAAGUUUAAGGGGGUCAGACAGUCCCACUAUCACAGUUUUGUAUGUUUUUUGAUUCGGUCAGUCCAUCCCUCCAAAGUGUUUUUAAGAAGUCCCGUUUGUAUCUCUGAGGUUUUAAACUGAGUCUCAUUCAGAGAUCGUCCAAUCAGGACAGACUGUCAUCGUAGGAGGAGCCGAGCAUGUGAUCGACGAACGAUUGUGAUGAUCCUACGAACUGAGACGCCGUCCGUCAUUCAGGAUUCACUCCGAGUGAAUAGGAGGAACUGGAGCAGCCGGCGUCUGUAGGAACCAGAACACUUGUGUCCUGUUUCCUCUUCCUGUCGGACAGGCUGGAUGUUUGACUCGUUGACUGCGGCGCAGCAGCAGCAGCUUCAGGAUAUCCGUGUAAAUGAAUGAAUUUCCCUUUUUUAGGAUGUGUAUUUUUUUCUUCUGUUAUUCUACAAAGAGUUUUUAAAAAUGUCGAGUUAUGAAACCUGUCGAGAGAGUUUUUGUAAAUUCACUACAUGUUGAUGUUUCGAGGACAGUUCUGGUUUUUCUGAACUCCAGCCGUCACUGAAUUGAUUUUAAGAGUCGGGAUCAAAACUGAGAAACAUGUUUGUUUUUCAAGGUGUCAGAAAACCCAGAACUGUCCUCGACAGCUGAUUGUUUUUGAAUCAAGUACUUUAAUGUUUGUGUCUGAGUCAGCGGGUUUAAGGUGGACUUUAGUGUCACAGUCUGGGUCCCGGCUGGGGUCGGAUGAAUCUGUACAGACACAGGCUGCACUGUCAGGUACUGAGCUACCGUCUAAAAUCAGUUCAGACUUUUUUUCAAAGUGAUUCAUCUGCUUUAAAACGCGCUAAAUUCCUCUGUUGGUUUUCAGUCUAAAAAAAAAUCAAAGAUGUAAAAACAGAAAAUCGAUUAUUUGUCAAUCUGUGAUAAUGUUGAGAAAUGUUCGGCCAGACUUUUCAGACAUAAGCUGGAGAACUGAGGCUACGUCAGUUUGAGUUUGGAGUUAAUGAUUCCCCCCAGUCCCACCGCCCGUCACCUCCACCUGCCGCUCCCUCUCAGUCCAGACAGGUGGAGGUGUUUGUGGUGGGGGUCAGACUCAGACUCCUCACAUGUGUCAGACACUUACAGGCGAGCUGCAGCUUGAGAUAAAUCCACUUUUUAAACCCAGACGGGGUCUUUAAUCAGCCCUUAAUGGGUUUGGAGCAGAUCUGGAUAGGGGCCCACACCCCUUCAGCAGGCCGCAGAGAGGGGCGUGGCCUCUCGCCUGUGUUGUUGUCAGACUUCAUAAUUAUGUGAGCUUUGUGCGGGCGUGGAGUGUUUGCCUACGAGGAGCUUCACCUCCCUGCAGGAAUGUCGUCGCUCUGAGUAAUGUUGCUCCAGCGCCGCUCAGCAUUCCCACAACACCACAAACAACCUCCCGACAGCACGCCUAAAACAUGACCAGAGAGUUCCCACAAUGUUUCAUCAGGCUGACUCUGUAGUCCAGCUCUGACUCUGGAGUCCAGCUCUGACUAAGUCACAAACUGUUAGAGCCUGGAUGUGACCUGAUCCAGACUUCAGUGUUUUUAUAGCUCUGUCUUUAGUUUGAUGUUCAUGUUCAACUGUAUGAUCCUCUAACUGGACUGCACUUAAAAGUUAGCAUCUCUAAAUACUACAUUACCCAGAAGCCUCAGCUACGGACCUCAGUCACCCUGCAUCCAUAGUCUUCCCAUAUGUCCUUGUGGUGCGUUUUAUUCAGAUGUUGGAGAUACAAACAACAUUGUUGUUCAGCCAUAGUUUCAUCUUUACCAGGUGAUAACAAGCAACACUGAAGUGAGAAAGCAACAUCAACAAAACCCUCAAUGUAAUGAAUUUAAUUACACAAAACAAGCCCAAGUCGUAAAAACACAUAUAAAAGUGCAGCUUUUACAUUUGUUGGUCUUUGUUUUAGAGCCCAAAGUUACUGUAACCCUGCAGAGUUUCUGUGUCAGAGUUCAUGUUUUAUUACGCUAAAACCUGGAUUAGUUCCUCCACAUGGACGACUUGAAACUGUUGGGACGAUAUUAGUUUUUAUUAUCAUGAUCUCACCAAUAUAAAUCCAGUUUUCUCCAAAUUGUUUGAUGAAACUUUUGGGAAUUUUCAGGUCGUUCUUUUAGCACCAGGGACAUGUUACUGUGAUUGUUUCAGUGUCACAUGAGUCUGACAGCGAGUGGUCGAAGCUGCUGAGUGCUGUACAUAGACAGAGGGACGCAGCAGCUUCAUGUGCAUCAAAACAUGGAGAAGUCCUUCAACUGAAGUGACUGUUUGGGUCAAAACAGAAACUUUCGGAGUCCAAAAACAAAAAGUUAUUUGGUGAAAAAACAGUCUGAGGUAGAUGAGUUUCAAAUCCUUUAAGAAACGUCCUCAUGUUGUGGUGUUGUGGUAACGCUGAUCUGCUGUCUGAGCCGCAGGCCUGCUCCUUUUACACUUUUCUAUUGUUGUUUUUUCUACAGUGAAAAAUUCCAAAAAGCAGCAUGUUUAUAGAGAAGUCUUUGCAUGAUAGAGGGACGGGGAGGGGCACUGUAUGUGUGUGUGUGUGUGUGUGUGUGUGUGCGUGUGCGCGUCUGCUUAAUGUUCAAACUGCACUCAGAGAAAAGAGUCGUGUUUGUGGAGUGAAUCAGGAAACAGAUUGUUGUGGUGUUGGGAUGUUUGUCGUGUUGGGUCUGCUUCGGUCUGAAUGUUGCUGGGCAGCAUUUCUCUGUCGUCAGUCUGUCGGCUUUUUUAUAUCAGAGGAAUCUGGGCUAACGUGCAUUCUAAAUUAAAAUUCAGUAUAAAAGUUCA